AUGUCUGUAAGAUCAAGACCUGUCUCAGUGCGGUCAUCACAGUCUGCAGCAUCAUCAUUGGCUUUAAAUGCUGCACAAGCUAUAGCUGAUUUGGCGGUGGCUAAAGCUAGGGCAGAAUUUAACAGAAGGAAAGCUGAAGCUAACAGAGCUAGGAUUGAAGCAGAAGUAGAAAUGGACAGGCUGCAGAUAGAGGAAGCGGUGGCUGCUGCUCUCUCUUAUACACAUCUAUACAUUGGAAACGGAGUUGCAGCUGCUACAAACAAGAAGGGUUAUGCUGAAGCCAAGCGUAUCUUAAAAGAGGAAUUCGGUCAGGCACAUGUCAUUGCAAAAGCUCAUCUGAGCAUGGUGUUGAAUCGUCCUCAAGUUAGGCCAAAUGAUGGUAAGGGACUAUGGAACCUAGCUAGAGACAUGCGCAGGUGCCAGACAGUUCUUUCCCAGAUGUGCUAUUCAGCUGAUAUGAAUAGCUCAGAAUCUCUCUUAAGAAUUCAGCAGCUUUUACCAAUCCACCUGCAAACGAAGUGGGCAAAGAAAGCCUAUGCAAUGAUGGAGAAAUUAAUCACACCCGACUUUAAGUGUAUGUCAUCAUUCGUCGAGGAGGCGGCCAAGUUAGCUAACAACAUGUAUGGCCAAAAUAUUGGCGGUUCGUAUCCCAAGAAUACACCUAAGUGGAAACCAAACAGCAAAGGGAUAACAAGCCUUACUACAACCACGAGGCGUCCGGAAGUAAGUUUGACAACUGAAACAACACUUACGUGCCCAGCCUGUUUAGGAAGCCACAUAUUAGAAAAGUGUAGAGAUUUCAUCCGCUACUCACAUGAAGAAAGACUCAAAAUCUUGAGAAAGGAGAGACUGUGUGAUAAUUGCUUUGGUGCCUCACACAUAGCAAGAAGAUGUUCAAAGCCAUUACAAUGUGAGCAAGGGUGUAAAUGGAAGCACCACACACUGUUACAUCGGACCGACGAAGAGCGGAAGGAUACGGCGAAGACGACUACAGUAGGGCUGACCGGGGCCGGUGAUUGCGGCUUGGCAACCAUUGUUCCAGUCAAGGUUAAAGCUAAGGAUUCUGGAGUGAUUCUGAACACGUAUGAUUUACUGGAUGAAGGCAGUAACUCAUCAUUUUGUACCAUAGAGCUGUGUAGGAGGUUAAAAACGUCAUCAAAGCUGCCAGAUGUGGACACCUUAGAAGUGAUACCUGCAAGUAAAAACGAUAUAAUGAAGCCAAAAGACCUGCGUAAUUGGCCAUAUCUGGAUAGAGUUAAGUUGAAACACAUUGAUGCUGAAAUAGGUUCUAUUCUCAUUGGAAGCAACGUACCAAAGGAUUGGAGCCGCUUGAAGUGA